AUGGGGAAUGAUACCUAUAAGGCUUGCAGUUUGACCAUCGAUCCCGUAACAGAGUCAUCAGGAGGUCUUUACGAGUGCAGUGCACACUCCCUCGAUAUAGCGGCGACCACCGUGCAGCUCGUUAUAAAUGUUUGUCUAGAAGGGACAGACGACAGUCUGAGUUCACUGGUCGGGGUUCCUUCCAUAACUUUCACUGAUGUUGACACUCUGGAUACAUCAUCUGGCAUUUUUGGACGAGAUGCCACGCUGAAUCUGCUGGAUCUCUCCACCGGAGCUGUGCUUGACGAUCCCGAGUAUUGCCCCGUCUGCGUCCAGUCUGACACCACGCGGCAAUUCCAGUGCAGGAUUCAAGACGCCAAACCUGGGAUCUGGAACUUCACGUGGAUGUUUGGCAAUCAGACGAUCGCUACUAAAACCGAGGCGCGGACCGGAGCUGGGCUGGUCAACGUGAGCAGCUCGCACAUCGUGGGAAACCCUGGCAACGAGACUCGAGAACGUAACCUAACGUGCCAUGCAACGAGCAGUGAUCAGUCACUUGAUGCCACAGUGCUGAUAACAUUUUGCGCAGAGUCUGAGUACGCGAAGACAGUGCUGCGAGUUCUCGUGAGUAUUUGCGUGACUGCGACGAUUGCUACGAUCAUUACGCACAUUCUCCUCUGCAAGUAUUAUGGAUACAUCUGAAGGGAACACCGUGAGUUUAAUAGAGGGGGCGGGGCUUUUGGGGAAGUGGGCAUUACUUUUCGUAGUAUACAAAUCCUUUUGUGAGUUUUCUGUCAAAUAAUAUACGUAAUUAUUUUCACCUUUGUAGUAACCGGCAGUGCAAAACAUGUCUUUGGAAUAUCAUGACGUCUUCUGACUGAAAUUGGCUAUUUUGUAUUUCCUUAUGGCUGAUUUUGUGCAAAUAUAUGCAAAUUAAAUGUGCACUAUUUUUUUUUUUUGCGUGUAUGUGUGUGUGAAACUAAAACUAUAUGCUUGGACCCUACAGCUUUUUAUAUUAGGGCUUUGUUUACAACGCGAAAUGACUCACCUGCAAUUUUAUUUGUUUUCCAAUUGAAUAUGUUUAAUAAAGAGGCUGCUUGCACUGUGUAUUAUCUUUUACUUAAGUUCCUACACGAUAAUUUAUUUGUCAUGCUUGUAUUUUAUCCGUCCUU